GACAGCCGAUAACGAUACCACAUACCCCAUUCCUACUGAACAUUCCCCCCUAAACUUCUCCUCUUUCACAACUUAUCCCCAAAUACUGUAUCCGCAAUGGUAAAGCCCUUAUACCAGUGUUGAGGCACGCAUUCUAAUCUAUUCAGGGCGCUCCAUACUACAUCCGCAUUAAAGAACAUGACUACACCGGUCCCAAGUUCCCCUCCCGUGGGCAGCUCCAGCAGUUGCGUUCAACCAAUACCUACCUCUAUUCCAACAACAGAUUAGCCGAAUCGAACGCCGACUUUGAGCACCAAGCCCCUCGGAGUGCGGUGACACUCCUAAGUGGCCGUUUCUUCCCUCCAAAGUCCUUUCAUAUCGCCCGUGGCGAUUGGUCGGCGGCAGGUGAGGAGGAAUCAUAUGGCUGGCAGGACCUGAGGUUUGAGGUCUGUAAUGGCAAAUGUAUACUCGAGUACGUUUGUGAGACAAUCAGACCAAACAUAAAUACGCGGGAUUCGUGGUUGAGGGCCCUGGCAGGUGCCUCUAAUAUCAUAGAGUGCGGUGAUGCACAGGCACUCCAGGCUGCUGGUGAUCCCGCAAUAUUCUGGGCCCUUAUAGCCCUGACUAUUGAAAGAGGCGAGCUGCCAUCGCGGCUUGUAGAGGUGGUGAACGAGAAGAACUGGAGGACGCCUCCUGGUGCGUCUCUACACUCUUCCAGAUGCUAUUUUUUAAUCCUUUCAUACGAGACCUAACUAACCCACCUAUCCAGCCCUAGAGGAGGGCCACGCGGGGCGAAUUGUCAUUGUGGAGAUAUAUUGCGAUCCUGCAACUCCCAUAUCCGGGGAUUAUGAGUUUCCUGAUCCCUAGGCGAAUCUACAGUGCGAGUACUAGCACAGUACCCGAUCGGCGGAAGUGGAUUCUUUCCGGCUUCGUUUUCUUUUCUCAAGUUCAGGCACAACCUUUUUCUGUCCAGCGCCUGACUUUUUCUUAUUAACACUAUUAUCAUUAUCGUUAUCAUUAUCAUUAUCGUUAUCAUCAUUAUUAUUAUCUCUCUUUGUUUUAGUCAGGGCUGGACGCCUAUCGUUAAUGAUCAUUUUUGUGCUCAGGCAUUUUUUCAAGGAGUCUUGUCUAAAACGUUCAUCAUAACAGCUGGGGAGUUUUCCGCUAUAUUUUCUGUUUUGUGCGCAUUGUCAUCUCAUUUUCCGGUUCUAGUAUUUUUCUAGCCAUGGCUGUUACGGGAUCGAAUAAUAGUACACUUUCCGCCU